AAAGCCCUCCUUUAAAACUAAGGCUAAGUUAAACCUUUCAAUAAAAGCUUGUACAAUAACAAUCAUUUUACUUAAGAUCAGUGAAAUUUAGAUCAUUUUUAUUCUCAUUUUCAGUCCCAAUACAUAUUCAAUGUGCAAACAUAGUUAGUUUUAAUAAAACAAUGAUUCGUUUGGUCGAAUACAAUUUAACAAUUAAACAAAACCAACAACGACAUCCAUUGUCACCAACAAUAAUUGUUCGCCAAUUUGUUUUGCUCUGUUGCUACCUUUCAUUGGUCAGAUAUGCUGUUCAUGGUGAAACCAAUGAAUCAAUUAGUUCAAUUAUCACUGAACAACAACCAACCACUAAUAGUUAUACUUUGGCUGAAUUCAAUAAAACAUCAUCAACAUCACUUGAUUUAACAAGCGAUUCAAGCAACAAUAGUGGGACUUUUGAUGUUAAUGGUAUUAAUGAGUUAACCAAGCCGAUUGAGGCAACUUCAGUAUCUUAUUAUCAACAAAGUUCAGUUGAAUCUGAUCAUGUUAACACCCAGCCAACAGUAGAUGUGCCAUCAAUUGUCCGAAGUGAUUACAAUCAACAACUGGAUUACAAUAGUUCAAGCAUCUCCAAGAAACCCACAGUUAUGGGAUCACCAGCAAUGGGUCCUUUCAAUUCAUCCCUGUCACCCUUACAUGCAGCCAAUUCAACGUUAAAUGCGACUAAUUUGUCCAACAAUCAAUCGACCAUUUGUGAUAGAUAUACAUUUGAUCAUCAACAAGUGGCCAAGUUUUUUCUCACGACCAUGAUUCUGUUAGGUUUCUGUUGCCUACUAAUUAUUAUUGUCCUCAUCUUGGUUGCCUACAUUUAUCGUAAAUUGUCCAAGGGAAGAAACGUUAAGGUUAACAAUGAUAAAAGGGACGAGGGAAACAUUGAGAUUGAUACAAUUAAAGAUGGCCGGUUUUAUCCAAUACAAGACAAUGUUAACUUAGCCUUUGAUGACGAUGAUGGGACUGAAUUUAAAUAUUUUGGACAUUCUCAUUUGCCUUAUUCGAAGCGUAAUCAGUUUAAUGAUCAAUCGUCAACUGGAUCUUUUGGUUAUCAACGUUCAUCCAAUCCUCGUCAUUGAAACUAUUUAUCAGCUUUCAUUAGCCAUGACCAUAUUAGCGUACUAAAUGUUUAAUCGAUUCUUAUAAAUACCACACAAAGUGUUUUAAAUCAACCAAUAUAUUAAUUAUUAUCUUAGCAACCUUACAUUAAUAUUGCUUUUUUCAAACAUAA